UGCCCAGCCGGCGAGCAGAGCCGAGGACGUCUCCCUGAGCAGCCGGUGUCCCGAGCGGGGCCUGAGCCCCGUUUGCCCACGGAGAUCCCCCCCCCCAAGAGACUGGAGUUCUGGUACGUUCAUCCGGCACGCCAGUGGACUUUAAGGAAUAUUUGCGGUUCCGGUCACAAGUUUGGGGCCCUCCUGUGUCCUAAAGCCUCGCUUCCUCUUCAUCUUGGUUUCGUGGAGGCCUGGACCAGGGACAGGUCUGACAAGGAUCUGUGCCCUGAUCCAAGUUCAAAGCCUCCAAGAUCCUGUCCCUCUAUGUGCCGUUUCCCCGGGAUCAAGCCUGCUUUGCUGCUCGGGCGCGUGCAAGGCUGGGCUUUAGGAAAUUCUUCCUGCUAAAAAAAGAAAACGUGGGGGGGCUUAGAGCCUGAAGAUCCCAGGGCCAGACAGGGCUGUGUGUCUGCGGGAGGGCCCCGACGGUCUCCGUUUGGACUCUCGGGAAGAUCAGCAACACAGCUGAGCCGUGACGUCAGCCUGGGCGCAGGGCGUCCGAUAAAGAACUCAAAUGCGGGAGAGAAAAGAAAAAAGGAAAACAGGUUUGCUCCAAGAGGACCAAAGGCCGCCGGCCCAGGAGAACUGAACCGAGGUGAAGGACUCGGUACAGAGUGGCAGCACUCAAACCCCUCGGCCGGAAUACCUGGACCCGGACCCAAGCUGAGGACUUAAUGGACACGGAUGCGCGGUGAAGGGACGCCUCCUCGGCACGUCCGGAGGCAAAGCACUGCCUGACAGGAGCCUCCGUCGCCCACCGAGGCACGCAGGCCUCGGCCCUCAGCGUCUCGCGAUGCCCAACACCACCACCUCGCCGCCCUCCAACCAGACCUGCCCCCCGAACCCGUUCAUCACACAGCAGCUCAUCCCCGCCCUGUACCUGGUGGUCUUCGCCGCGGGGCUCCUGCUCAACAGUGUGUCAGCCUGGGUCUUCCUGGCGGUGCCCAGCUCCAAGAGCUUCGUGGUCUACCUCAAGAACAUCGUGGUGGCCGACUUCGUCAUGAGCCUCACCUUCCCCUUCAAGAUCCUCAGCGACUCGCGCCUGGGGCCCUGGCAGCUGGGCGUGUUCGUGUGCCGCGUGUCGGCCGUGCUCUUCUACAUCAACAUGUACGUCAGCAUCGUCUUCUUCGGCCUCAUCGGCUUCGACCGCUACUACAAGAUCGUCAAGCCGCUGUCGGCGUCCCCGGCGCGGUCGGUCAGCUCCAGCAAGCUGCUGUCCGUGCUGGUGUGGCUGGCCAUCCUCCUGCUGGCCGUGCCCAACAGCAUCCUUACCAACCAGCGGGCGCCCGAGGUCUGGCCCCCCAGCUGCGUGGCCCUCAAGAGCCCGCUGGGCCGGGCCUGGCACGAGGCCAGCAGCUACAUCUUCGUCAUCGUCUUCUGGCUGGUGUUCCUCCUGCUGGUCGGCGUCUACACGGCCAUCACCAGGAAGAUCUUCAGGUCGCACCUCCGGUCGCAGAAGAAGUCCCUGUCCUUCCGGAAGAAGUCCGGCCGCAACAUCUUCAGCAUCAUGCUGGUCUUCGUGGUCUGCUUCGUGCCCUAUCACGUCACCCGCAUCCCCUACACCCAGAGCCAGACCAACCCCAGCUACGGCUGCUGGGCCCGCAAGACCCUGCUCUAUGCCAAGGAGUUCAGCCUGCUCCUGUCGGCCAGCAACGUGUGCCUGGACCCCGUCAUUUACUUCUUCCUGUGCCGGCCGUUCAGGGACACCUUGUGUAAGAAACUGCACCUCCCCGUGCAGGCGCCGCCCGCCUCGGAAACUUCCAGAACCAAAAGGGGACAGACCACCCAGGAGAGCAUCGAUACCCUGUGACUUCUGACAGCCCCCCACACCCCCCGCCCCUCCGCACGCCUCACACACUGAACCCCAAGUCCACACCCCACCACCUACACACCACACUAGUGGGCCCGGGUCAGGCAACAGGAAGACGAAGGUGUCGAUGUCCAAGGUCUUGUUCUUUUAUUGUUUUUUUCCCCUGUUCAAAGAAUCAUAUAGACAUCAUUCAAUUUUAUUCCCUCCAAAUAGAAGGCUUAAAUUCAUAGGUGCUCAUCCGGCCAAUGAGCGGAGAACUUAAAAUAGCGACGGCAGCAGGAAGCCAUUCAGACCAGUCGCAGGGCAUCUGCCUUUUCUCAAGCUAAGAAUUAAAUAGGUUCCGGGAUUGUUCCCCCCCCCCCACCAGCAGGGUCAUUAAAGACCCACAUAAAAGCAGGCCCUGUGUUCAAAGGAUCAAAGGCCUGUUUAUGCUGAAAAA